CAUAUGAUGUUAAGUUCAAAAAAUCUUGUGUUGUUUUCAAUUACUAUAAUAAACCAUUAUUUACAACAUGUUUAUUGUGACAGAAAUACGGAUUGUAAAGUAUAUGAAGAACUCAUUAGAGUAUUCAGGAUACUUCCAACGAAUUUUUAUUCUACUUUACACUCCGUUUUGAAUGACACCGAGAAACGGGUUUCUUCUAAGAUGAAAGAUUACACAUUAUCUACGCCAAUCAGGACUCUUGAGCAUCUUCAAUUCAAAUCCGACAGUUUGAAGUGUUCUUAUGGACUUGUUGUAUUUAAAAUGUUAGAGCACUUACAAUCGAUUCAUUCAACUUGGAAACAUUACGCUGUUUUAUAUGACCUUUAUGUACAUCGAAUCUUGUCUGUCCUUUACGUUAGUAAUAUUUCAAUCCCACCAACACUUUGGCACACAGCAGUAGCAUUAAGUGUAUCUAUCCAAAAUGGAAAUAAUGAUAUUUAUAGGCUUUACAAAAGAUCGAAAUUGACCGUACUCAAAAAUUAUUUAGCAAAAUGCAUGACAAAUAACUACUUGCCACUUAUAUCAUUAGAAACUAAACUUUCUUCUCAUCAACUCGGCAUAGAAACAAAAAAACUAUAUGAUGAAAUGAAAUUAUCUAAAGAUGACAGUUAUGAACUCGCUACGAUCUAUAAUAACGGUUUUAAACUAAAUAUCAAUAAUGUUUACUCUAAAAUACUAAAUCACCACAAAUUUUUACUACUUCCUGGGAAAUUUUGUGCAUACGACUUUUACGAUCAAAAAGAAUACUGGAACGUAUUAACUACGUGUGUAGAAUUAGUUAGAAAUAAAUGGUUAUCAGAUUUCACAGUAAUAUUUCUUUACACAAAUUUUAUUAAGAAUACAUUGUUGAUGCUGACAUCUUUUGUAGUAUUGAAACACUGCAUAUAUAUUCAAAAUAUAUUAUUUGAUAAAAGUGUGUUUCUGGGAUCUCUUUCAGACAACAUUUCAGAUAUCAUAAAAUCAUCCGAUCAUAUUUUAAAACCUGCAAUAGAUACAGUGAAUGCAGUAGGUAAAAUUUUGGAUGUUAAAGAUCAACCCUUUUUUGAACUAGUCAACACUCAUUGGACCGCAAACAACGCAGAAACACAAAAACAUAUGUGUCCAUUAGAUUUUAAAGUAAUCCAUUUUAUUGAAAAUAGCCUUCGGGAAACAAAUGAAAUGAAGUAA